GCAUAAGUAAAUAAGUCAUGCGCGAAACUCACUAUGUGAAAAUCGUGGAGAAAAGAGUGUAAAGAAUGGUUUGUUAAAAAUGUAGGAUAAUAUCGAAAACAGGUUGUAACUUACGCGUCUGUUUAUCUCAAUUCAAAACGCCGCGCUUGUAAACAAUGCAACCACUGCCACUGUGAUAGCGUUUCAGUUUGUGGAUAAAUUGGUCUCGGAUGCAAUGAAAAAUAAUUGCUACAAAAGAAAAUCGAAUACUUUUAAAAUGUCUACAAACGAAGAAUUGCUUGCCAAAAUAAAGAAGCUAGAAACUGAGUUGGCUAACGAAAAAGCAAAACAUGUGCAACCUACAAGACAAAAAAUUGCUGAAAUGUCUUCUGAAGUUGUUGAUUCUAACCCUUACAGCCGUUUAAUGGCCCUAAAACGUAUGGGUAUUGUAGACAACUAUGAGAAGAUCCGAGACUUUACUGUAGCUGUAGUUGGAGUGGGCGGAGUUGGAAGUGUCACUGCUGAGAUGCUUACUCGCUGUGGAAUCGGUAAAUUACUUUUAUUUGAUUACGACAAGGUUGAACUUGCCAAUAUGAACAGAUUAUUCUUCCAGCCACAUCAGUCGGGCCUUUCUAAGGUAGAAGCAGCUGCAAACACUUUGACGUUUAUAAACCCUGACGUCACCAUUGAGACUCACAAUUACAACAUCACAACUAUGGACAACUUCGCCCACUUCAUGGACCGAAUAAGUCACGGCAGCCUGACUGGAGGAGCAGUAGACCUAGUGCUCAGCUGUGUUGAUAACUUCGAGGCGAGGAUGGCUAUCAACACAGCAUGUAAUGAGCUGGGACAGACGUGGUUUGAGUCGGGUGUCUCUGAAAACGCUGUCUCUGGACAUAUACAGCUCAUAGUGCCGGGGGAAAGCGCCUGCUUUGCGUGUGCCCCACCACUAAUUGUCGCCUCUAAUGUGGAUGAGAGGACAUUGAAGAAAGACGGAGUGUGUGCAGCUAGUUUACCCACUACAAUGGGAGUCGUCGCUGGAUUCUUAGUUCAAAACACUCUCAAGUACUUGUUGAAGUUUGGAGAAGUGUCGUGGUACCUCGGAUACAACGCUCUGACAGAUUUCUUCCCCCAGAUGAAGCUCAGACCCAACACAGGAUGUGAUGACAGCUACUGCAGAGCUCAACAAGCUGCCAAACCUCCAGUUGAAGUCACUCCGGUUGUCGCUAGCAAACAGGAGGAGAAACCUGUGGUGCACGAGGAUAAUGAGUGGGGUAUCUGUCUAGUGGAUGAGACGCCAGCAGAACAGCUGCAAGACGAUGCUCCUGCAGUGCAGGGGUUAGUGGAGGGGGUUCGGGCUGCGUACUCUGUCCCACAGUCAUCUACACAGACAGACAACGCAGACACUGUCACUGACACAGCAGUCAGCCUCGACGAUCUGAUGGCUCAGAUGAAGGCUAUGUAAAGAUGAAACUCGGUCCGAGAGCCACGGCAGCCAUUGCUGCCAACUGUAGAAGUGUGGUGAAGCUCAGCACGUCAUCCAUUGACCUCAGGGUUGCCAACAUUCCACCGGCCUGCACGCACAGGAAAUUGUACGGCAUCAGACCUACAAACCAACAACUCAAUUAUAUUUUGUGAGAACGAAUAAUUAUUUUUGUAAAAAAGUCCUGUGUGUUUAAGUAGCUUCAUGAAACUAUAAUGAUAAUGCAACAAAUUUAAACAUUUAUAGAUCCAAUUUUGGUCAAGUUAAUGUAAGGUUUCCCCAUCACAUAAAAUAUGCAGGCACUUAAAGUAUCUUUAACCAUAUACACAUGAUGAAGAUGAAUCCUUAUACAAGGCCUUACUAAACUGACCUAUCCAAACAUAUUGAAUAAAAUUAUUGUGCUGAGAUAGAAGCACUUACCUUCUAUCUCAGCACAAUAAUUUUAUUCAAUACGUUUUAAAAUUAAUAUGAAAAAUCCAAAUGAAAAAGGUUAAGGGUUAAACUCUCUAAAAUUGUUUUACAAUGUAAAAUUCCCCAAUGCUUUAAUGUUAUUGAAUCUACGUGUUACUUUGUGAUGUUACAAGUAUUUUUUUAUUUAUUUAAAUAGUAUUGUAUUGU